AGAAAUGCAAAUACAGAAAGAAAGAAAGAAAAGAAAGAGGGAAGAUGUCUUCAAAUGUCCUCCAACCAAACCCACCUCACCCCUCAAUUGCACACACACACACACACACACACGCAGUCACACACAGAAAGCAUCAAAAUUUAAUGCCAGAAAUGCCCUUCUGCAACCCAUAUCCAUCUUCAUCACUACUUCUCUCUCUCUCUCUCACAGUGUUUUCAUUCAAAAAACAAACAUACGGCACAAAAAUGAAAUAUAUUUUUCCCGAUUUAUGUGGGCUUUUUUGGGCUUUGUUUCUUGGUCAGUGUUUUUUCACAGAGAAAACAGGGAACAAAGCCAGAACCUUCUCACCCCCCCUCUCAUCAUCAAUACCUUCUUUCUUUUUCUACUUCCACCAUAUGUCUUUACCCUCCUAUCUCAUCUUUCUUUAUAGCCUUAGUAGUAUUAGUCAUAGUUGUGGUAUUUCCUCAUUUUCAUUUCCUUCUUCCUUUUGUCCUUAUCCCUCCUUUUCCCUUCUGUCUUGGUCUCAUAAAUAUUCAUUUGUUUCUUCCCUAACCCUCCGUCUUCCUUCCAUUUCCCAUCUCUUUGUAUUCUCCCUUUAUUGAGGGGUCUUGCUUAGUUCAAAGAUCGGAACUUUUUGGGUUAAGGGCUUCUGGGUUUUAUUCCCUUUUGAUCUGGGGUGAUGAUGUCUAAGAAGAUGAAGAAGGUUGCUGUUUUGGAAGCUCCUCAACUUCCUGUUUAUGAAGAUGCCAAAACCAGGAUGAAGCAUCAGGCUCUGUUACAGGAUUAUCAGGACUUGCAGAAGGUUUGUUUUUUACUGAUUUGUUUGGCCCUUUUUUUGUUUUUCUCUCUUUCUUGGUGUGUUAAGAUCUAAGAGGCUGCUUUUUGUUUCUGGGUGUUGUUUUGAUCUGAUUCUCGAUGUGUUUGUGAAUCCCUUUUGCUGCUUUUGUGGCUUGAGGAUUGCUGUGUUCGUACUUGAUUAGAAUUCUCGCAGAUGUGUUUUGGUGUUCUCUUCCCCUGUUUUUGGUUUUUGGUUGGUUGAAUUUGUGAGUGGGUUUUUGAUGUGUUGUGCUUUGGCUUUACUCCUCCAAAAUCAGUGUUUCUGCCCCUAACCUUGCGGAAAAAUUACUUCUUCUUGAGCGGGUUGAGAGCAUUGAGCCUAAAUUAUGUUCUGUUUUUCUGGGGUUUUUAGCCCCUUGUAGUUCUAGCCUCAGUUACCGCGCUAUCUCAGUUGAUUUGUGUUUGGUUAGUAACGUCUAUGCUUGGUUGAGCGAAUGCCAAUUUUAUUUUGUCUUUCCGUUGAUUUUGAGUUAUUUCUGAGAAAAGAUUUUACCUUCCUUUUCCUUUUUGUGUGGUAUAUUUGGUUAGUUUGUUUUUCUCAUUUGUAAAGUAGACAUCUUUUUUGUACACAAAUAUGAGAAAUGAGUCUUGAUCUUGCACCAAAGCUAAAUCAUCAUGUUGUUGUGAUACAGGAGGUAAAUGACAUAAAAAACAAGUUGGAUUCUGCAAAAGACAGGAAGCUGAGGUUGUUGGCUGAAGUUAGGUAUAUUAUUUUGCCUUUGAUUCUUAAAUUUGGUUACUAGAUGAUCUGUGCUUCUUUGUUGGUUAUAAUUUUUACCAAACUUUUCCUGUUCUUGUAAGAACGAGUGUUUGGAAAGUAUGCUUUACUUCUAUGCUUAUCUCUCUGCUAAUGCCGAUGCGUGAUAUAGUUUAUGGGUUGAGGUUUAGGUAAAGAUUUGAGUGUAUAUAACAAACUUGUUAGGUCGUAAGGGGAACAUAUUGUAGGACUGGUAAUUAACGUGCCUAUAUAACGGUUUAACUUUUCCUUUCUGUUUUUUUCUUUUUUGGCUAUGCAAUUACUGUUGCACGUCUGGCAAAUGAUAAAUCCUUUGUUUUAUUUGAAUUUUGACCAUAUAGGUUUUUGCGUCGAAGGCAUAAGCAUCUGAUAGAGAUGAAGUCCUUGGGCUACUCUCAAGUUGCACCGCCCAAUGUGGGAAGGAAAGGGAGUGAAAGUUCAAAGAGUCGCAAUUCAAAGAGAAAGGAUGCCUUCAAAUUACCUCCUCGUCCAGAAGCAAAACCUAAAGGGAAGUUGUAUUUUGUGAAGGAAGCAGCUCUGAGAAACACAGCUCCAGUCCUUGAUUUGAACCGUAGGCAGUCACUGGAUGUUGAAAAUGGAGCUAGCCUGCGUAGUAUAUCUCUGGUUCCAGAGACAAACGGCCGAAGGUGGUCCAAUCUCAAUGAGCUUGCUGUUCAGAAUACAGACACGGUUAUGAAUUUAAACAGCCAACAAAGGCAGGCAGGGAAUGAUACUGCCUUUGCUAAUAAAACUCCAAUCUUUGACUUGAAUAAGGACACAAGUUUUAGCGGGAAAGAAGUUACAUUGACUAGUAAUCGUGCUCCAAUCUUCGACUUGAAUGAGAUUUCGGCGGAGGAGGAAGAAAUGCAGAACGCUUACGAACCAUUGAAGUUUGAGGAGCCAAAGAUGGGUCUUACAAGAGGCGGAAAUGAAGAACAACCUAAUGACCUUAAGUUAUCCGUGUGUAGGAAUUCAGGGGAAGGUUCAUCACGGAUGGGGAAGCGAAAAAUCUCAUGGCAAGACCCGGUGGCCUUGAGAGUUUGAGCUCCUUGUUUUUCUGAAAUGCAAUAGAAGGUCAAUACAGCAACUAUUACCAUUUGUUAGUGAGGUUCAUCGGAAAAAUCGUCUAUAGUCAAUAUGGGAUUGCAGUCGAAAUAGACUUUUUAGGCUUCUAUAGAAUUUUAUGAAGACUAUCCCGUCUCCUGGUUUGUAAAGGAAAUUUUAGCUCCAUAUGUCAAAUACUAAUGUUCUGUACGCUACUAUUUUGCAACCGAUAUGACAGUAGAAAUUAAUACAUGUAUUUAGCGUAUGUAAAAGGCCAAAAAAAGGCCUCUUUUGGCAGAGACUUAGACUGAGUAAACAAGGAAAAUUUGGUGGGAAAAGCUGAAAAUGCCAUCUGUAUUUUCUUUCAUCGUGAAGAAUAUUCGAAUACUACUAACAAAUCAAGCCCCUCAAUUUUGUUGUUGUAACUGCCCUUCCGGCAUCAUUCUUGCAGGGGAAAAUAGUGGCCCUUUUAGGUCAAGAAAAACCAGCCACUUGGCCCCAUUCCUAAUGUUCUCAUUUUUGGCCGGUUGGUGAGGCUGAUUUAUCAAGGUUGUUAUUUGCAUACGUAGGUAACAACUGUUUCCUCAUCUUUUGCCUUCUGUUCUUGUGGAAG